AUGUCUUCUGGAAGCAACUGCCAACCCCAGACACUCACCAAACCAGCACUUGGCGAAAAAGAAGCGAUGGAAUUGGUUGAGAGGGUAUUUGGAUUAGAGGUGUCCUGGAUCGGGCCGCUCCCCAGCUAUGACGAUCAGAAUUUCCACGUGCGUGUCUCAAGAAACAGCGGUGCGGCUGAAGGUGCCGAUGAGUAUGUCCUCAAAAUCACCAAUUCGGAAGACAGCCAGGAGUCCGACCUCAUUGAAGCACAGACCCGGGCCAUGAUGCUCCUCAACGCUGAAGGCUUUCCUUCACCGACUCCUUAUCUUACAAGAGAUGGUAACAUCAUGUCUCUGGAGUCAGGAGACACUGGACCUGGGAACAAAAAGUACAUGGUCAGGCUGCUGACUUACCUGCCAGGUACGCCUGUGGCGAAAAUUGCUACCAAUGCUCAGAUUCUCUAUGAGAUCGGUAAGCUAGCUGCCAGUUUGGAUAAAGCGCUCGCAGAGAAAUUCCAUCAUCCAUCAGUAAAAAGUCUGCAUCGGGGUCAGUUCAUUUGGAACCUGGCAAACGUUCCUCUUCUACAUCAGUACAUUUAUGCCUUGGGCCAGAACAAAUACCGUGAAGUUGUGGAACAAGUUAUUGAGCAGUUUAAAGGGAAAAUAAUACCCAAGCUAAGCAGUUUUCGAGCCUGUAUCAAUCAUGGAGAUCUUAAUGACCACAACAUUCUAGUAGACUCCAGUUCUGCUUCCCUGGAGAAUCCUCAGUACAGAGUGUCUGGCAUCCUGGAUUUCAGUGACAUGAGUUAUGGGUACUACGUAUUUGAAGUGGCGAUAGCGAUCAUGUACAUGAUGGUUGAGAGCCCAGAUCCCCUGGGUGUUGGGGGGCAUGUUCUGGCGGGGUUCGAAAGCAUCCUGCCGCUCACGGAGGAGGAGAGGAGUGCCCUUUUUCUGCUGGUGAGCGGGAGGUUUUCUCAGUCCCUUGUCAUCGCAGCCCACACCGCUCUGCUGUACCCAGAGAAUAAGGAAUACCUCACGAUCACAGCCAGAACCGGAUGGAAGCACCUCAUGAAGCUGUUUGAGGUGGGCCAAGAAGCCGUCGAGAAGACAUGGUUCGAGACUGCCCGAGCGUACGCGAACCGCGCACCGGCCGCGCAGAUCGGUGGCUGCUGA